AUGGCGGAGCAUUUGGCUUCAAUCUUUGGUACUGAGAAGGACAGAGUGAAUUGCCCAUUCUACUUUAAGAUUGGCGCUUGCCGUCACGGUGACCGGUGCUCUCGUCUCCACAACCGUCCCACAAUCUCCCCAACACUCCUCCUCUCCAACAUGUACCAAAGGCCUGACAUGAUAACCCCAGGAGUCGACGCUCAGGGCCAACCGCUGGACCCACGCAAGAUCCAGGAGCAUUUCGAGGAUUUCUUCGAGGAUCUCUUUGAGGAGCUCGGCAAGUUUGGCGAGAUUGAGAGCCUCAACAUUUGUGACAACCUCGCUGACCACAUGAUUGGCAACGUCUAUGUUCAGUUUAAGGAAGAGGACCAGGCUGCAGCCGCUUUGCAGGCUCUGCAAGGUAGGUUCUAUUCGGGACGUCCCAUCAUCGCUGAUUUCUCUCCCGUGACGGAUUUCCGCGAAGCCACGUGUCGGCAGUAUGAAGAAAACAACUGUAACCGUGGCGGCUACUGUAAUUUUAUGCACGUGAAGCUUGUUUCGAGGGAGAUGAGGAGAAAACUCUUUGGGAGGUAUAAGCGGUCAUACCGCAGGGGAAGCAGGAGCAGGAGCAGGAGCAGGAGUAUUAGCCCAAGGCACAAGAGAGAGUAUGACAGGCGUGAUCCUCCUCCUCACAGGGAAUUCAGUCACCGGGACAGAGAUCGUGAGUUUUACCGGCAUGGAAGUGGGAAAAGGAGCAGUGAGAGGUCUGAGAGGCCAGAGAGGGACGGUUCAAGGAGGAGGCAAGGGAGCCCUGGUGGUGGGAGAGAAGGAAGUGAGGAGAGGAGGGCAAGGAUUGAGCAAUGGAACAGAGAAAAGGAGGACAAGGACAAGGAAGAGGGAGGAGCAUAA